AUUCCCUUUUCCCUUGAAGCAAAGAUUCAACAUCUCUUUUGAGAUCCGCCGACAAAAAAAAAUCUCGGAAUAAGCCAUGGAUCAUUGAUCCUUUUUACAAAUAAAAUAUAUCAAGAUUGUAAUAUUUGCAAAAUUUUCCCCCCAACGACGUCAUGAUUCCAUCAUCGUGAUCGAACCGCAAGUUCGACUGGUAUCAACCAAGAUGCAGCACCCGGCACACGAAAUAUCUUCUGUCGUGUCGUUAAUCACGACUGCCGUGGCACCGGAAAUACAGAAGGCCGGUAUUCAACGGUACUUUACGCCUGAUGCUGGCCUCCGACACCCGUUAUGUGCAGUGAGCCCGGGGCCAGGCUCGCGGGAGCGUGUUCUUGGGAUAUAUCAGUGGUACCGGGUCAUGUCUCCUAAAGUUGAACUAGAUGUAAAAAGCGUCGUAUAUGACAAGGAACAAGGAAUACUUAUCUUGGAGGUAGUUCAGUCUUUCCACAUUCGACUAUCGCCAUUUAAGCCCGCUCCUUCACGCCUCGUUGUUCGUUUAACACUUAAAGAAGUUGAUAGGCUCUACUAUAUCGCAUUCCAAGAAGACUUUUAUCAUCCUGAUGACCUCAUGUCGCUCGUUGUUCCGCCUUUGGCUCCCCUGGUGCGAUUAGCAUUGGGCGCUGCAAGCACCAUGUCGAACAUGUGUGCUACAGUUGCUUACGUGCUUGGCAUAUCAGGCAUGCAGCAGAAGCGGUCAGUUAGAUCCGCGACUGACAAUGCAGCGGAGAAUUGGGAAAGCGACAGUGGUUUGUACGACACCGGUCCGCACCGGAAGAGCGAUUGAUUAAUUCUGGACGCAGUCUAGCACCUCCCUAAUAGACCUGGUAUUUUUACUUUUUCAUUUGUCCUGACUUGUGAUUAUAGUAAACAAUGCAAGGU